AUGGAUGCCGCUGAUCGCCUGAAGGAGUCGUUGCUGGACGCUGCGUGGGUGGGGCAGGCUUUGGAGCUUUUUGCGGAUGAACUUCGUGAUCUUGAGCUUCUAGAGGAGGAAGAGGAGAAGAGAUUUCAGGCGGAGCUGCAGCGGAUGCGUGAGGUGUCAGCCGAGAGUACAUUAGCCCCUUCCGCGAACGCGGAGCCGAAGGUGAUGAAUAACGAAAGGAAAGAUACGGCGCGGUCCAGAAAGUACGGUUCUUCCCAACCCAAGCGGGGUGCGGCGGAGCGGACGGCUGGGACGGCUGGAGGGACUGCAAAAGGCACCAGCGGCUUUUCCCAAUUAAUCAAGGAGAAGGAGGCUGCCAUGAAAUUGGCAAGAGAGGGGGAAUUUUGGUAUCGCAGCUUACAUGACAUGAAACAGCAGAUGCAAAAUGCGCGCGAGGAGGCGGACCGACGGCGGGCUCUCGCGCGCCGACAACUACGUUUUUUUACUGCCCGAAGUAUUGACGAGUACAUGAUGGAGGAAAUCUUGCAGGGGGUACCGGGGAUGGCUUCUAGAGGGAAAUCAACUUUGGCGGAUGCUACCAGUGAUGAAUUUCACGGCAAAGACGCGGUUUCUGAAGAGGGAUCUGUGACUGUUGUUUCCACUGGAACUCCUACAACGGAUGCGCCAGUCCUGCUGGCACGUUCUGGAUGCCCAGAUACCCUUGACACCGAGUGUGAGUUCACCAUCGACGCCGUUGGCUUCGCGAGAGAUCUUAAUGCCUCACUGGAGAAGGAGUACGGCUUCCGUCCCGUCCUGUCCACGGCCGAGGAUAAGGCAGAUAAUACCACCACCACUGCUGCCACCACCACUACGACUGCCACAACCACCGCCAAUAUGACAAUCUGUCAACUGAAGAGCAAACUUCUUACACACGUACCCGGGGAUUUGAUGAGUGUUGGGGACUCAUGGAGUCUCACGCUACCGCCCGUAGUGUCGACCCACGAGGGAGCAGCUGUGCCUCGUUCUCGUUCUCGUUCUGUACAUACCACACAUGAGAGAAAAGUUAGCGUGCCGCUUCCCGCCAUUAUUCAUCAAGGUGAUGGUGGAGUUGCGGACUCUGACGCUCUCUCGCGUUUUUCUUCUCCUCCCCCGACUGCAAAUACGACCGCGGAUGGCGUCGCCAUUGCGGCAACGCCAAGAACAGGUACAAUAAUGCCGAAAGGAUUGAGAGAGGCGGGAAGUGUACCAAAGGUGACUACAGGCUACCAAUCGCAUCAUUUACUCUUUAAAACCAAGGCGAGAUCCGGUCGUUUUGCUUAUAUUGAGUGCUCUGCGGAAAACAAUCGCGUGAAGUUACGGACGACAGUGGGUGCGGAGGUAAGCACAACUGUCCGGUUCAUCAAUCGCGAACCCAAUCUUCUUCGCGUGCGAAUUCCUCCCUCCAAGCAUGCAUGGAUCACAUACUCGAUGGUGAAAUCCUCCGUGGACCGACGGGUUUCGCCGGCAUCACCUUCAACUUUUUCUUCCGUUAAACCGCCGCCGCCGUCGUCAUCGUCGUCCUCCUGCUUGGCCUCUGCUGCAAUGACUCGCAUAGCACCGAGCGAACCUCUUGGAUGUGGCGGCUUUGUUGAAGUACGUAUCACAUUUAAGCCACAAAGCGCAACCGAGCCUUUAGUGAAGGAGGUGCUGCGGCUCGGGCACUGCCGGGAACUGAAUUCUCGCAGUGGUGAGGGGGAAAAAUGGCAUUUUUUUGAGGUUAAUGUGACUUGCGAAACGGUUUUGCCACAGUUCUCUCUUAUUCCCAUCAAUCACCAAGGGGAGACGGGGUCCGUUUAUUCUACUGCAAUUCCUUCAACUGGGAAAAGGUCUCACUGCCCCAAAAUGCCUGAACAAGCUGUGACCACAGUUGAGUUUCCAUACACGUAUGUUAUGGACACGUGCUCAAGGCAAUUUUACCUUGAAAACACCGGUUCGGUUGCCAUGGUCACGCUGAACAGCACCUCUCCAUGCUUCAAGAUUGACCCAUCGACUGAGAAAGCUAUACUUUUGUCUGGCGGGGAUCGCGUUGAGAUCAAUGUCUCCUUUGUCCCCAUAAAAGAGAUGCGCUACGAUGCCGAAGAGCUGAUUGUAACUGUGCGAGAAUUAGAGGAAGGGCCCGUCAUUUCUGAGCAGCGUUUCAGGCUUUGCGGAGAGGGUGUCCUGCCUCGUGUUGAUCUUGUGCGUGUUGGGACUUUGGAGCUAAGUGCGCCAGAGCAGGAUGCUAGUGUGCCGCAGUACAUGGUUCCUGGCACAGCGCCUGGUGUUGAAACGAAAGUAUUGGUGGUAGUACACAACAGUGGUCCCAUCGGGGUGCCGUACUUUUGGAGGACGGACAGCAUUGGUGGUGGGAGUCCAUUGGGAGGAGUUCAGUUGAGUGUGACACCUGCCACCGGCGUAUUGCCUCCAGAGAACGAAAGCGUUUUUCUCGUCUGCUUGAGGCCUGCUACGGCCCAGCCCUUGGCUGCUGUGCUGAAUCUUUUUUUAGAGGGUCUUCCCAUGCCGUCUGCUGCAGAAGAAGCGGCGGUGUCGGAUCUGUAUGUCCGUGGCAGGCCUAUUCCUGCCGUGCUCGCUGCCGAGGAGAUCCAAACGAUGUCAGAUCCCUACAGCGUGUUUCAGCGAUGGACGCGAGAGCAGCCAAAAGAUUGUUCUGGUGUUUUUGCCAUGGGGUUUUACCUCUUUGCCGAUCCCGUCACACCAUCCCUGGUGAUGAUCCCGGAUCACCUGGAGGAGGGAGUGGAGUGUCUUGUGAACUGCAGGAAUUUACGGCGCAUUACCAUGAAGAACAACUCUCCGCGGCCGCUACAUUUCUGCCUGGACCCGAAUCCCGAUGAAUGUCCUCCCGAGGUAGUACUUUCGAGACGCGACCGUGAAUUUGUGGACGUCGGAUUUGAACCUCGAAAAGGGUGCGUGCCGCCAUACGCCAGUGUAACGGUUUUGUUCCAGUUUACAUUGAGAGAAGUGGGCCAACAUAUUUUUGUUUUUGACUGCUACAUUCCAGAACUGAUGGAGCUGCUCACAACCACGUCGACUGCAAGUGUUACGGAGGGUACAACGGCACCGCCACCAACACAAACAGGAAUGAUAAAAACGCCACCGACGACGGAACUUUACUGCACGCAUCAACUGUACCUUAGCGUGACUGGCGUUGGCCCCUCCGUAAGUGUGAGCACGGGUUGCUUGGACUUUGGCCUUAUUGAAUUAGGAGCUGAGGCUGAGGCAUCCUUUACGGUGUCGAAUGACAACCCGAUUGCUAUUGUGUUUGAGCUCCAGGAUCCAAUCAUGCAGGAGAAGGGCCGCUUUGUAUUUCUUCCCCCUUCUGCCCGUCUUGGUGCGGGGGAGUCGGUGGAGGUGACGGUUUACCGCCAGGCGGUGGAGUUGGACGACUCGCAGGCUUUUUUUGAAUUAAUGGUGCGAGGCGGCGAUACGCUGGCGAUUGAAACACAUGCAACCAUUCAGGCUCCUUCGCUCUUCCUGGAAGGGGCGGUGGUAGACUUUGGUGUUGUGCCGGAAGGUGCAUGGGUGGAGCAAGACGUUGUUGUUUCCAACCCAUCUGCCUUUGAUUUUUUCUACGUUUUUGAGCUCGUUGUGGUGCCACCUUGCAUCAAUAUCAUUGCGCCCCCACCUGGCGUGGUUCGAGCGGGAUAUCAGGGUAUUCAUAUUCCUAUUCGUUGUGCGUUUGAAUUCCAUCCAGGGGAGGGGAAAAAAGAGGCCCUAAUGGUCAUCAAAAACACCCGCACACGGCAGGAACUCCUUGUGGAGCUUCGUUGUGAGAGGGUGCAGCAGCUAUGCGCUGCAAUUGACCUCAUUCCUGUCCCAAAGGCGGAAAAGGGGCCCGGCAGCAUGGCGUACACCCCGCCCGUCUUGUCAUGUAAUCUCCCACCGCCACCAACAAUGGAAAUUGCUCACUUCCUCGAGGCCUUGUUGUGGAAUCUUGUGGAACAGUCUGUGAUGGAUGAGGAUGCACGCUGCUCAGAGAGUAAAGUGACGGAUGUGAGUGAGCUCAAUGAAAUAGAGCGUCAACCCGCGGUUUUGCGUUCGUACUGCCCACCUGUGCUGUUGAAAUCAUACUUGCCGGACAAGGAACCCGUGUGGUCCGAGUUGUUGGCGUUACGGGUCAGCAAUCAGAGCAGUUGCCAUGGUUCCUACACGGUGGAGGCCAUGCGGUAUUCGUUGAAGGGUUUCUUAGAGGGAUUGACAGGGAUCAGUACGAAAGGGGAGUCUCACGCCGUGAGAGCAACGGCAGCAACAACGUCUACAACGACAGUUUGCAGUGGACGGUUGCCAGGGAAGCGAUGUCAUUCUGGGAAGGGUAGGGAGAGAAAACGUCGACGUCAAUUGGGCCUUGAUUCUUCUUGUGGGACGGAACGCACUGGAGAGUCAGAUUUGAAUUUUUCUAUAGGUAAUGUUGAACGGGCGUUUUGGUGCAAGGGGAUUGACGGAACGGAGCAGAUGGAGCGGGAGCGGCGGGCCAUGUUAUUUGACGCUCAGAAAGUAUUACUGGAUGGGCGUGGCUGUGCCACCAUGUUUGGCAACACCCCGGUUGGUCCGCUUCAUCCAAAUGCCACAGUAGAGGUGCCUCUGUCCAUCUUUUCCAACCUUCCUGGAAGAUAUGAAGAGACACUGCGGGUACGCUGUGGUAAAUUGCCCUACACACACAUUCCACUAACGCUGGAGCUGAGUGGGAAACCGGUGGUGCUUGACUCCAACACAGCUGGGCUCACGGUCUUGGGUGGCAGGGCACUGAUGCGCAUGCCGGCAGUCAUUGCUGGUGUUGGGCGAUCGAGGCGCAGUAUGGUUCUUAUUAAUCGCAUUCCACGUGAUUUGACGGUGUCGGUGAAGAUUUUUCUCACCACGGCGACCUUUUCAGUGGUUGCCGUGGAUGAGGAGGUGGAUGCGGCUGCCGUGACAUUGCAACUUCAGCCUGUCUCGGGCGAGGAGCAACAACGUGAGUCGGAGGGGAAAGGGAAGGUGGCGGCGUCCCCGGAAAAUUUAUUUUUGCCCGCCUUGGCUUCACGGGAAGUCAUCAUUGAGUACGCCCCGGAUGCGACAUUUGUGCCGAAGGAGGGUGCUUCCGAGCGCGAGUGGCGUGGUGGUGUCAUCAUCACGGCCGAAGUUGCUGACACUCCCUUUAAUGACGGAUUCCUCAUUAAUGAGUUUUACCGCCUUCACGCCGCGCGGUACCCAGUGAGAGGUGGUGUCAUGAAGAGAAAGCGGCUGCGGGAAUCGGUGCCGAAGUGGAUGCGAAGUAUCGUGCGUCCCAUUAUGAUGCUGAACGUUCAGCAGCCCCUCAUAUCGCGACCCGGGGUGGUGAAGAACAAUGCGAUUUUGUUGGCCACGCCAGGGGAGCUGACGGUGGUAAAGAAACACUUCGCCAUGAGCAAAUCGCAGAGUUGCGGCACCUUCAUGAGCGAAGAAGAUAAAAGCAACAUGGGUAACCAGAGCCAAAAGAAUAACAGCCGCAGCAGUUGUACGAAAGGGAGCGAAGACAAGGGGGAGGAAGAUGAAGGGGAGGACACAAGCCUCGACGAGGAGUCGCAGGAGGACUACCAGGAUGAGACGCUUGUUUCCGAAAAACCGCUGGAGGUCAUUCUUGCCAUUGAGGAGGAACGCAAGGCCUUGCAUGCUUUUAUGGAGCAGCGGAAACUGGAGAUGGCGGAGCACAGCCGACAUUACUUUAUUCCUAUUGAGCUUGAGGUGCGUGCUCGCUGUGGCGUUGCACAACUGACCGUUGAGCCCUCUGGCGAUGUUAUUCACUUCCCCCAAUACGUGGAAGAUGCGCCAUGUGUGCAAACUGUGCGGUUGAACAAUCUGGGCUGUGCGGCGAUGGAGUUUAUCUUGGAUUUGCCCUCCUCGUCAUUUAUAGUGGCGUCCGCACGGUACAUUUCAAAGAACACCGAUGAAGAACUCAUGGAAGUGGAUGAUGAGGAGGAAGCACGAAAGCGGUGGGCAAUCGCGGCGUUGAAAUGGGUCACCCGCGAGGAGCGGCAGAGUUCACAACGGGUUUUGAGAGCAGUGAAACGACCGCAUUCUGGGGACAUGGCAAUAACAGAAGUGAAAAUGGCAAAUGUUGACUGCAUUGCUAGGAGUCACACGCGGAGUGGCGAUGCCGCUUUUGUGACCGUCACGAAGUAUCGAUUGCACCCACACGAUGCGUUGGAGGUGCAGUUGGAGUACUGCAAGCCAUCCAAGCAGGAGGUGCACGCCAUGAUGCGAGGCAGCAGCAUUGUGCAGGGAGCAUUGAGCAUCAUGUACCUCCCCUCCGACGGGGUGAUCAAGGAAUCAACAGCACACGAGGGCGGCGAGGCCCAUGCCUUGUGCCCGCCCCCAGUGCAGGAGGUGACGCAGACUAUUCCCAUCAUCCUUAGCUUUUCUUCGCCGUCGGUGCGCUGUAGCCCCUCCAUAUUGUGGUUUCGCCCGGGACAACUGCUGCACGAUGGCAGACCGCAGCCGUCAUAUGCACAGAAAAUACGGUUGCUGAGUUCCUACGCAUCCGCAGUCACUUUUGUGAUUGUUCCGUCUUGUCAAAUUUUUGCAGAAUUUUUUUCCGCCACCACCGCAACUUUUGAUGAGGGCGUUGCAGGGACGCAUGCCUACACCAGGAGCACCGCGCUAGAGGCCACACAGCUCCUUACCCGCGAGCGUCAUAUCAAAGAGGUAGCAAACUACUGGAUGGAAGAUGAGGGCGAUGGUGGUGCUAAAGGUGGUGAUGGCGAGAAGGAUGAGAGUGAGACAGAAAUGGACAGCACUGGUGUUGAUUUUUGUAGCACCGAAUGCGAGAACCCGCAACCGAUGCAGCUGGAGCAGGAACAACAACAACAACGCCGCCGCCCACAGAAACAAACAGUGCGACAAAAGGAGGAGCGACAACAUGUCGUCGUGGAAGACACGGAGCGCUUCACCAUUACUCCAAUGCAAGGCACCAUUCCUGGCGCCACGCGAGGCGGCCAGCCCGGUGUGUGUGAGAUCUCUGUGACAUUCAAGGAACAUAUGAAUGUGCGCUUUGAAGCGGUGUACGAUGUGUUGAUCAACGACGCUUUGGUUGAGGGCUGCUGUUUUGGCCUCCGCGGUGACAGCCGUGUGACGGAGAUAUAA